ACAAGCUGCAAGGAUGCUUGGAAUAGUUGCUCUGCUGGGUGUGAUCACCCUUUUUCUUGUGUUUUGUCUGCUGAUAUUUUCAGUGGUAACUUGGUAUGAAUCCUCAAAAGCAGAGAUCCCACCAGGGAUUGCAAAUCCUUCAUUACUUAGAAACUUUCAUAUACUUUCCACUGGUGUGUUCAUCCUGGGGGGUAUCCUUGAUAAACUUGGAGUAUCGAACAUUGUGCAGCUUUUUCGUUUUCUGCAAAACGUCUCCAAGCCUAAACUGAAGGAUGAUCCAAAGGUCUUCAAGAAAGACUUACAAUUUCACGGAGUACCGGUGAGAAUCUACCUGCCCCGAGAUCCUUCAGUUGGUGGCAGAAAAGGAGUCAUGUUCUUUCAUGGGGGAGGUUUCAUGUAUGGAAGUAUUGACAGCUAUGACAUUUUCUGCACAUAUCUAACAAAGAAUUCUGGAGCAGUAGUCAUCUCUGUUGGGUACCGCCUGGCACCAGAACACAGAUGCCCAGCCGCAUUGGAGGACUGUCUCCUAGCUACAGUUCACUUUCUGAAGACAGCACAAGAACAUGGAGUAGAUCCAUCCUCUGUUAUAAUAUGUGGUGACAGUGCUGGGGGAAAUCUCGCAGCUGGGGUUUGUCAAGCACUUGUGGGUAGAUCAGAUAUCCCAAGGCCUCUUGCCCAGGUGCUGAUAUACCCAGUGGUCCAAAGGGCUGACUUCAAUUUACCCUCCUACCAGCAAAACAAAAUGGUGCCUUUGUUGCUCCUAGAUUUUUCUUUAUACAAUUUAAUGAUGUAUAUAGGUGGUGAUCUCUCUUUAUCAAAAGAUAUUUUAAAGGGCAGCCAUGUUCCUCCUGAAAUAAGGCAAAAGAUAAGCAAAUGGUUGAGUUCUGAGGAGUUUAAGGUCAAAGGGUACAAACCAUAUAUCAUGGCACCCUUCAAUAAAGACGUUUAUGAGAAAGUUAAGAAAGCUGUUGACCUUACAUGUUCUCCAUUGUUCUCCGAUGAUGACAUUAUCCGGCAACUACCAAAAGCCUACAUACUAACAUGUGAGUUUGAUAUUCUCCGUGAUGAUGGGAUACUCUACAAGAAACGGCUGGAGGACAAUGGAGUCACGGUUACAUGGCAUCAUGUUAAAGAUGGCUUCCACGGAGUGGUCAGCUUCUUUCAUCAGCCUGAGGUAGUGUGUGGAAAGCUGGCUGUGGAUAAUGUAAUUAACUAUAUUAAAAACCUUUGAAACCUUGUGUGGGUUGAAAAAUGUGAAAAAAUUUUUUUUGUUAACACAAGAUCCUAUGUUUUCUGUAUUAAAUGACAAAUUUCAGCUUUA